CUAUCGGCUGAUGGGUGACGAAGACAAAACCGAGAGGAGUCUUCACAGUCCGCUUCAGCCGCCCCGGUCAGCGGAACAUCUGCGGCACCGACGACAUCUACAAACCAAAUCUCAAGCUUAAGACCACUCUAGCCUGAGCCAUCAUGUCAGCCAAAGCCAUCUCAGAGCAGAAAGGAAAGGAGUUCCUCUACAAGUACAUCGGAACAUCAGCGGCUGUCCAGAAUAAGUUCCAUUAUGCAAAUGUGACUGGUGAGACCAACUUUGACCAGCUGGCACAGGAGCACCCGUGGCUGCUCCAAGAGAGGCUGGUGGUGAAGCCGGAUCAGCUGAUAAAGAGGCGAGGGAAGCUGGGUCUGGUAGGUGUCAACCUGGACCUGAACAGUGUCAGAGAGUGGCUGAAGCCCCGCCUCAUGAAAGAGAUGACGGUGGGAAAGGCCAAAGGCAUUCUCAAGAACUUCCUCAUCGAGCCGUUUGUCCCACAUAAACAGGAAGAGGAGUUCUACGUGUGCGUCUACGCCACCCGGGAGGGCAACUACUUGCUGUUUCACCAUGAGGGAGGGGUGGAUGUAGGUGAUGUGGAUGCCAAGGCAAAUAAGCUGCUCAUUGGAGUUGAUGAAAAGAUCACUGAAGACUCUGUGAAGAAAGCGCUGCUGACUCAUGUGGCGAAUGACAGGAAAGCAGUUCUGGCCAGUUUCAUUGUUGGACUCUUCAUCCUCUAUGAAGACCUCUUCUUCACCUACUUGGAAAUCAACCCAUUGGUGGCUACAAAAGAUGGAGUUUAUGUUCUCGACAUGGCGGCCAAGAUCGAUGCCACAGCUGACUAUAUCUGCAAGGCCAAAUGGGGCGACGUGGAGUUCCCGCCACCCUUCGGCAGGGAGGCAUAUCCUGAGGAGGCCUAUAUUGCCGACUUGGAUGCCAAGAGUGGUGCCAGCCUCAAACUUACCCUGCUAAACCCCCGGGGCAGAAUCUGGACCAUGGUGGCAGGAGGAGGUGCAUCAGUGGUGUACAGUGACACAAUCUGUGACCUGGGAGGGGUCGACGAGCUGGCCAAUUACGGGGAGUACUCAGGAGCACCGAGCGAGCAGCAGACGUACGACUAUGCCAAGACCAUCUUGUCUCUGAUGACCAGAGAGAAACAUCAUAAUGGGAAGGUUUUGAUCAUCGGGGGAAGUAUUGCAAACUUCACAAAUGUUGCAGCAACAUUUAAGGGAAUCGUAAGAGCUAUCAGAGACUACCAGGAGCCUCUGAAAGAACAUGAGGUCUCCAUUUUUGUCCGCCGCGGAGGCCCCAACUACCAGGAAGGUCUUAGAGUAAUGGGAGAAGUUGGGAAGACCACUGGGAUUCCCAUUCACGUUUUCGGCACAGAAACUCACAUGACUGCCAUUGUUGGCAUGGCACUGGGACACCGACCAAUCCCCAAUGAGCCUCCUGUUGCUGCCCACACUGCCAACUUCCUCCUCAACACCAGCAGCAGCUCGUUGACACCUGCAUCCAGCAGAACUGCUUCUUUCUCUGAAAACCGAGUGAGAGCUGACUGCUCACCAGCUAAGAAAGCCAAAGCGGGCUCUCCUAUAGCUAAGGCAACAACCCUGUUCAGCAAACACACAAAAUCCAUCGUGUGGGGCAUGCAGACGCGAGCAGUGCAGGGCAUGCUGGACUUUGACUAUGUCUGCUCCAGAGAUGAGCCAUCAGUUGCAGCCAUGGUUUAUCCAUUUACUGGAGACCACAAGCAGAAGUUCUACUGGGGCCAUAAGGAGAUCCUGAUCCCUGUGUAUAAGAACAUGGGCGAUGCUAUGAAGAAACACCCAGACGUGGACGUGCUCAUCAGCUUCGCCUCUUUGCGAUCUGCCUUUGAUAGCACUAUGGAGACCAUGCAGUAUCCACAAAUUCACACCAUUGCCAUAAUUGCUGAGGGAAUCCCUGAAGCCCACACCAGGAAGCUUAUCAAGGCAGCAGAUGAGAAGGGAGUCACAAUCAUUGGACCAGCUACUGUUGGUGGAAUCAAACCAGGCUGUUUUAAGAUCGGAAACACAGGCGGUAUGUUGGAUAACAUUCUUGCCUCGAAGCUCUAUCGUCCAGGAAGUGUGGCGUACGUGUCCCGUUCUGGGGGCAUGUCCAAUGAACUUAACAACAUCAUCUCACGUACCACUGAUGGUGUUUUUGAGGGUGUGGCGAUAGGCGGAGACAGAUAUCCAGGAUCUGUGUUUACUGACCAUGUACUUCGCUACCAAGACACUCCCGGUGUAAAAAUGAUUGUCGUACUAGGAGAGAUUGGAGGCACAGAGGAAUACAAGAUCUGCCAGGCUAUUAAACAGGGCAGGAUCACAAAACCGGUGGUGUGUUGGUGUAUUGGCACCUGUGCCACCAUGUUCUCAUCAGAGGUCCAGUUCGGCCAUGCUGGUGCUUGUGCCAACCAGGCCUCCGAGACAGCAGUGGCUAAGAACAAAGCUUUGAAGGAAGGUGGCGCUUUUGUACCCAAGAGCUUUGAUGAACUGGGAGAUAUAAUCAAAUCUGUGUACGAUGAUCUUGUUUCCAAAGGAGUUAUCCAACCAGCCGAGGAAGUGCCUCCUCCCACUGUACCAAUGGAUUACUCCUGGGCACGAGAGUUGGGUAUGAUCCGCAAACCGGCCUCGUUCAUGACCAGUAUCUGUGAUGAAAGGGGUCAAGAGCUCAUCUAUGCGGGCAUGCCUAUCACUGAAGUCUUUAAGUCUGAAAUAGGCUUAGGAGGAACUCUGGGACUGCUCUGGUUCCAGAGGAGGUUACCCAGGUACGCCUGCCAGUUCAUUGAGAUGUGUCUGAUGGUGACUGCAGACCAUGGUCCUGCAGUUUCUGGAGCCCACAACACCAUUGUCUGUGCCCGAGCAGGCAAAGAUCUAAUCUCCAGCCUCACUUCUGGCCUUCUCACCAUUGGUGACCGCUUUGGAGGUGCUCUCGACGCUGCAGCAAAACAGUUCAGCAAGGCAUUUGACAGCGGCAUGCUACCCAUGGAAUUUGUCAACAAAAUGAAGAAAGAUGGCAAGCUAAUCAUGGGUAUCGGACACAGAGUCAAGUCGAUUAAUAAUCCAGACAUGAGAGUCCAAAUCUUGAAGGAUUUUGUGAAGCAGCAUUUCCCUUCAUCCCAACUGUUGGACUAUGCUCUCGAUGUUGAGAAAAUCACAACAUCCAAAAAACCAAACUUGAUCCUGAAUGUGGACGGCUUCAUUGGUGUGGCCUUCGUGGACUUGCUCAGGACCUGCGGUGGAUUUACCAGGGAUGAAGCUGAUGAGUUUGUGGAAAUCGGAGCUCUGAAUGGCAUCUUUGUCUUGGGACGCAGCAUGGGAUUCAUUGGGCACUACCUGGACCAGAAGAGGCUGAAGCAGGGUCUGUACCGCCACCCCUGGGAUGAUAUCUCCUAUGUGCUCCCAGAACACAUGUCCAUGUAGGAAGUGCGAUUAAACCAUAACCCAGUUCAGACCCACACUGUCCUCAGUCUCCCUGUGUCAAAACAAGAGUUGUUACUGUUCAUUUAGCAGCUGUAUAUUAUAAAUGUGGAAAAUUAAGAUUUUAACAGUUUGUUUUUAGUUUUGGUAAUGUUAAUGGUUUAGUUCUGUGAAAAUCCUCAAUGUUGAACUCUGGUCACUUUUUUGGGAGAUUUAAUGGUUGUCUACCUUGGUGGCAGACCUGACCAACAACCCCUGACCUGACCUGAUGACUGUGGCCUGUAAUUUACUCCCCAGGUAGCCUUAUUUUCGUGAUUAGCACUGGUGUAUUACAGACUAUUGUGUGGCUUCAUUGUCCAAUAUGAGAGUCGUGCACUUAAAUCUGUAAUAUUAAAAGAUUUACAUCAAAGCUUUAUUAAUGUAUAGAUGUAUUAAUAAUGAAAACUGAAUGUUAUUAUUACUGAUUUUCUGUAAUAGUUUUGUCACAGUAGUGUAAAAGAAAUGGCAUUUAAAAAAAACAAACCUAUUGUAGCAAACAGGAAGUGUUCAUGUCUUUCCUGGUAUUGUGCUGCUGUUUACUUAACUCAAAAUAUUGCUGUGUAAAUUGUGGAGUAUUUGUGAAUGCUGAUUUAACAUGUGUGUCACGAAUCAUCAAAACAAAAAAUGUAUAUGUUUAAAUGCAAUUAUAAUAUUUAAACAAAUGCAUCCGUUUUCCCUGUAAAUACUAUCUUUCUUCUGUUAAAUCUAAGUGUCAAGAUGUAGAAAUUUCUUGAAAACUAAACUGUGACCUGUGCUGUCUUAGAAAAUAUAUUUGUUAAAUUGAUUGUGAAUUGAAUGUGCUUCUGUACUGAUUUGUGGUUCUCUUUAAUUGAGUAAAAUAAAAACAUAACUCAUGCCAUAAUGAAUUGAUUCAUUCAUUCAUGCCACU